GUAUGGUUUAUAACGUUGUUUGCUCAUAACUUAUUUAUGUAUUCAACCAAAGUAUAAACAUUGUUCGCGGAACCAUAAAUACCUGCUACCUAUUUCCGGUCGGACUACAGAUAAGGCGGACUUCCUUUGUACGUUUUCUUGCUGGAUAAGGAUAGCUUUCCCAGAGUUUUUAGCAGAAUAAGUUAAGUUGCAUGGUACUCGAUUGUCAAAUUGAGACACCGACCAAGUCCCGUGUUGAUGGCCUGUUGCGUUCCUCCCGUCCCAUCGGAUCUCAGCUCCUUUCUCUGGUCAGUGCUUCCCUGCGGUUUGGCUGUGGGGCCGUCGCAGCUCUGCCAGGACCGGUUGGGGCUGUGGUGGGUUGGCCGCCCGCUGGAGGCUGGCUCCGUGCUGGGGAGGAAGGGGGGCGCAGAGUCGGUCUCCAGGUAUCACUCUGACCCAGUAACCCAAAGCCGAGGCAGCGAAACCACGACAGAUGUGGAGUUCAGAGCAGCUCAGACCGGCAGCUCAGAGGAAGAAAAGGCACAGUUGGGAAAAUCAGCAAAUGAAGCCGCUUCAGUCCAAAGAGCCAUCUGGAUCACCUUUGCCUGCCAGGCGCGAUGCCAAGCCCAGCAGAACGCUGCAGCACUUUGUGCAUGUGGUGAGGUGUGUGAAGGCGAGUGUGUGGAUGUAUCUUUACGUGUGUGUCAGGACAUCCAACCGGGAUCAGAGCUGCUGUUGUAUGACCAAUGUAUGACCAGAACAGACCAAUCAGGUGUCUCGGCUCAAUGCACAGACAAAGGGAAUCAGACAACAGUUCCAGUGAAUGUAUUUACCAGCAGCAACGUCUUUCGUGGAAAAGAAGAAGACACAGAUGAGAAACAGAAGGAGAGAUCUCAGGAGGAUGAGGUAGAAGAACAACACAGAAACCCUCACAAAUGGAUAAAGAGAAGUCAACCUCCGACAAGCAGCAGGAAGAGGAGAGUUAAGACUGUCCCAUCUGAGCUGAGUCCUGACUCAGCAGCAGGUGGACACUCUGAUGUGGACAGACAGUCACACUCCAACUCAGUAGAUAAAGAAACAGACUCAAGAGGCCUUCCUGCUCCUCCUGCCGUCCGCUCCAGCUCUCGUCUGGCUGCUAAACCACGACGAGUUCACACCCUGACCAACCGGGUGAAACGCCACCCUGAACAACCCAAACAGACAGAGGGACAGAGCAGGAGCUCCUCUGAGGACCCCACUGUCUCGUCAAACACAUCCCACCCUGAAGCUGAGGCAAAAGGGACAGAACAUCCAACUGAGGAGAUCCCUGAGUGUGAGGCAGAGAUCAGAGAGAGGCGGUACAGAUGUUCCACCUGUGGUAAGAAGUUCUACCAGAUCGGUCACUUGAAGAAACAUCAGUUCAGCCACACAGACAAAAAACCCUUCACCUGUCAAGACUGUGGGAAAAGCUACACCUCAACAGAAAGCUUCAGAGCUCAUCAGAUGAGUCACCGUGGUGAGCGUCCGUUCUCCUGCCCUCACUGUGAUAAAGCCUAUGGUCUGAAGCGAGACCUGAAGGAGCACAUGGUUCUGCACACCGGGGAGAAGCCUUACACCUGUGAGCACUGUGGCAAAGCAUUUGCACGACGCCCCUCCUUACGUGUCCACCGCCUCCUUCACUGCAGCAGUAUGAUCUACACACAAUCCCCAAAGCUUCAGUGUACAGUCUGCCUCAAGCUGUUGGCCAACACCAACUCCCUGAGGAAUCACAUGAAGCUCCACUCUGGGGAAAAGCCCCACAUCUGUCAGCACUGCGGGAAGUGCUUCAGUCAGAAAGGGAACCUGGAAUGCCAUCUGAGAAUUCACAGCGGAGUGAGGCCGUUUUCCUGCUCCGAGUGCAGCCAGACCUUCUCCCAGAAAACAGAUCUCCGCCGGCAUAUGUUCUCCCACACUGGAGGGGGCUUCCUCUGCAGCCACUGUGGAAAAUCACUGAGGGACCCCCACAGUCUAAAGUCACAUGAGAGACUGCACACUGGAGAGAGACCCCAUCGCUGCUUCAUCUGCGGAAAAGGCUACACGUUGGCCACCAAACUGAGGAGGCACAUGAGGUCAGCCCACCUGAAGGAGAAACCGUACGGCUGCCACUGCGGCACCUCUUUCAGCGUGAGACAAAGUCUGCUCAGGCAUCAGGCCCAGCACAAGGCUGAGGCAGGAGCUCAGAAGGAGGAGGGAGGAAAUCACAGCAAGGAAGAGGCUGCGCAGGAGUUAGUGGCUUUAGGCUUCGGUCACCAGAAGCCAGUCAGAGGCAGACCCAAGAAGAGCCUCCUCCAUCAGGAGGUAGGGGCAAAGGACGGAGGUCUAGUGAAGCAGAGAAGAGGACGAGGAAAAGGAAAAGGAGAGGAGAAGAAAGCUGAAACUUUGACCGGAGAAUCUUCAGGUGACGUUCAACACACCGUUGUUUACGUCCAUGCAGAUGACCUGUCUGCACCAACCUCCACCUCCCUGCUCCUCACCACAGACGGCUCACUACCCUCUGAGAUGGAGCCGGAGCUGGUGGAGGUGGUGAUAUCCGAAGGAGCAGAGCAGUGCAUUGUGGUCCAGGGGGAGGAGACGGUGGGAGAGCUGCUGAUCUUACAGGAUGAGGGGAGCGGUUUCUGCUCUGUGGCUCAGACAGUUGAGAUAAACACUGUGUGACCCAACACCAUCACCUCAGGACGCUUUCAAAUGAGCCCACCUUCUUCAUCCCACCUCAUCUACAUUUUUACCCAAUCUGUCUGUUUUCAUUGAUAGUCUUUCAGCAACCUCCAUAGAGCAGAUGUGAACCAAUUAGAGGUGAUUAGCUGCUGAUUAUAAAUAAAGGAAUGGAGCAAAAUACCAAUAACUAGAGGGAAAAGUCACACAUUUAUAUAAAAAUGGUACAUUUUCUGCUUGUGUGUGUGUGUGCAGAAACUGUUUCCUGAUUAUAAAACAUCAGUGGGCUGUUUGCUUUUGAGCUGCUGACAUCCGACACUGACAUUUACUGUUGAUGCGAAACACUUAUGCUGUCAGGUUACAUUGAAAUUGCUCUGAAAAUAUCUCAUCUUCCACACUGAGCCGGUUAUUCCCUGGAGUUAAAAAAAAUAAAAUAAAACAGCUAAACACAGCCAAAAAAUAGCUGACACUAUAUGUGAGUCAACAGACUCAGUGUGUUAAUAUGAGUAUAAUUUGUCCCCUAACACAGGAAACAAUUAAAUUUAAUCCGUUUACUUCUACAUUAAGGGGUAAUAGUACAGUCAACCAGAAUAGUUACAGUUCCCUGCAGGUUUAUUACUGGCACACAUCCACUUCUUUCUCUGCUGACAGGAUUCAGCAGAGACGAGGGCCGCUGUCCCUCACAUGAAUAGUCUUGAUUUCUCUUUUUGGCUCAUGGCUGUGGAAUCUGACAAUCUUACAUAAUUUGAUAUAAAAUCUCCUGAAACUUUGGCUCAACCAGACUGAACAUGUGGUGGUGGUGACUGAUUUUUGUAAACAGGAGCUAGAACAACGUGAGUUAUGUCUCGGUUGGGACAGUGAGGAUAAAAUCCAGAUUUAUCCAGAACAACAGAGAAUAUGAAGUUAAUGUUACAACGUUGGCUUGUUUAGACGUAUUUUCUUUCUGUCUGAGGUUGUUUUUUUUUUUGUUUUUUUUUUUGUUUGUUUUUUUUUUGCACAGACACUUGAUUCUAACUUUAGAAAGUUGUUUUUCUCUUUUUUAUUUUACAGUUUCCCUCUGGAGAUAAGGUAUUUUUCAUUUCAUGAUUUUAUGCUCAAACUGCACAAUCAUUCUCCUCUUCGUAACCAAAUUCCACACAUACUAUGUCUAUUCACUGUAAGCUACUAAAAAAACAAGACUUUUCUAAAAAUAUUGUCAAUUAAAACAUCUUGAUUAUCAA